CAGCAGUCGGCAGAUGACCCUGCCCUUUUGAGCGUCGUCUGCCGAAAUCCCCCCCGAUCCAAGAUCCCAAGAUCCACGACGCAAACCGCGAAGACCCUGCCUCCAUAUGAACAUCUCCCCGACGUACCUGGAAAACGGUACCCUUCCCUGAAUCUGCACCUUCUUUCCCUCUUUGGUUUCGCCUCUCGCUCCCGGCUGCCAGCCAGCCCCUCUCCCCAUUCUAAAACUGCCGUAAAAACAGUCGUUGCUUUCAAUCCUUUUCUUGUUCCUAUACAUAUAAUCUCCUUCAACUUCUUUUCAUACCACGCAACCACACUCAUUUUCUGGCCUGUAUAUAUCAAACAACUCCCCAUCUCUCCACCGGCUAUCCUCUCCUUGUUUGUGCAGACCCACUGGUGUUUGUCACGCGUUCAACCCACCUACAACUCCACCUUUCCCUCGUCCUGUUAUCGUAUCAUCACCCUCCAUCAAAUAAUAUCAACUUCCCUCACCCUCAUUCCGCAAUGUCCGCCUCAUCGAGCUCUUCCCACGUCGCUGGCGGCUCCCCACGCUUCAUCGACAACAACCACCUCGAACUCGUCGCUGUGAUUGGCACUGGUGCCUACGGCGUUGUGUACCUUGCUAUUGACUCGCGGUACGGCCAGCCUGUCUACCGGGCUGUCAAGUGCAUGCGCAGACACGGCUUGGACGAGAGGCAAAGGCACUUUCAACGGCGUGAGAUUGGUCUUCACCGCCUUGCCUCAAAGCAUCCUAGUAUCAUCUCCAUGGACAGGAUCUUCGAGGAGGGUGAGUAUGCCUACGUCGUCAUGGAGUAUGGAGAAGAGGGUGACUUGUUUUCAAUGAUCACCGACAAGCACAGAUACCUCGGUGACAACGAGCUCAUACGGAGCAUCUUCCUUCAGCUGCUGGACGGCGUCGCUUGGAUGCACAGCCUGGGCAUCAGCCACCGUGAUAUCAAGCCGGAGAACAUCGUCUGCUCCCAGAAUGGCACCAGGGUCCGCAUCUGCGACUUUGGAUUGGCUACUUCUGAAGAAUAUUCGAGCGAAUUUGGCUGCGGGUCAACCUUCUACAUUGCUCCUGAAUGUCUUGGUGACUGGUUCCCCGAUCGAAAGACGUACCCCACGCGCUCUGGCGACAUCUGGUCUCUCGGUGUCAUCCUCGUCAACCUCGUCGCUGGUCGAAACCCCUGGCGUAUCGCUUCCCCCGCCGACGAGUCGUUCAACUCCUACCUUUCCGACCCCAACUUUCUGCGGCGCAUCCUCCCCGUUUCUCGCGACUGUCUCUACAUUCUCAACCAGAUUUUUGCCAUCAACCCCGAAGAGCGAAUAUCCCUCGCCGAGCUGAGAAAGCUGGUGGUUGAGAUCAAGACGUUCACGAUGGACCAGGAGGAAGUCAUCGAGGCGCAUGUCGCGGCGAGGCAGCAGCAAGAGUACGCUACCGUUGAGCCGAGAACUCUGCUGUCUGUGGUGGAGGACGAGCAUGCGUGGCUCGAGGAAGAGAACAGCGAGGGGCACUUUGCGUAUGACGAUGAGAUGGAGACGCCCUCGCUGCAAAGCGAUACGGGCUCGCCUCUCUAUCCGGAGACUGUAUCUCCUUGUCAAUCAUACAUUGGCGACUUCAUGCCCCCCACUCCCGACUUUGCCAGCGAAGAUUACCUCAUCCCUUCUCAGGCGACCCCUCCAUGGGACGACUGUCUAUCGAGUGAUGAUGUCUUCAUCCACUCCAAAGACGACUCGUGUCCUACCUCCAAAGUCAGCAUCCAACAUACUGCCUUUGUCGAUUACUCCUUCCCUCCCGUCUCUGCCUUUGCUCAAUAAUACUGGCAUGUCUCGGUCUUGCCUUUCUCGUCAUCUUUUGGGUCCUUUGGUUUCGAUUUUACAUCUAUCACACAUCUUUAGCAUCGCCCUACCUGCAUAUCAUUUACGUAUCUCGCAUGGGAUCUCAUCUUUCUUUUCUAUAUAUAUUAUGCCGUACAUAUGUCUUUGGCAUCUUGUCCCAUCUUCACGCUUUAACGCCUUGUUGACGAAUAUCGUACUCUCUUAAUACAACACUGCUAUACUUAGAAGUACUAGAUCUAGCCUUAUGGCUUCCAUCUGAAUGUAACAGUAUCCUGCUUGACUUGUCAUCUUCUGCCGUACACUGAGGUUUACGAGGUUGUGGAUGUUGACAACAUGCACAGAGGAGGCUCACGCUGCAUGCGCGAUGUGCGAUGAAC